UCCACACCAUCGCCAAGUGUGACACGCCGCGGCGGUGGGGAGCGUCAAGGUGCGGAGGGACUCCGACAGUGAGAACGAGAAGUGGAACAGGAAGCGACUGAGGUCUCGGUUGAGCUGGAGAAACGCCGAGAUGCUCGCUCAGACGCUUUCGACUCCACCACCACCAGCAGCUGGCGCGGCGCAUUCAGCAGCAGCAGCAGCAGCAGCAGACAACGACGACGACGACGCUCCGUCUUCCUCUCGCCGAGCACUGGUUGGGUGUAGUUUGACGGACAGGCUGGAGGGAGGCCUGGGGGCCGGUCUGCUGAGGAGGAUUUCUUCCAGAAAGUCUCGUCAGCGAAACAACAGUCCCCAACAACAACAGGCCAAUGAGAUGGGGCACCGACCCCGGCUCCUCCUCCGCAGGGGCAGCGGGGACGACAGCGUUCCGGGGAGGCUGAGCCGCAGACUGUCCCGCCUGGGCAGCAGGCAUCAGUCCAGGGAUGCGCCGCGACCUCCGGCUCAACCAGAGAGACCUCCUGCUCCUCCGGACAGACCCGGGCACCAAGAUGACAGGCCUCCUGCUCCUCCGGCGGCGACUGCACCUCCCGCUCCGUCCCCAGCACCGGGUCCUGCCGCUCACCCCGCGCCCAUGGAGACGCGGCCUCCACGUCCGGACAAAUCCACGAAGCCCAAGCUUCCUCCCCGGCCACUGUCCAGGGUGUUCAGCAGCACCGAGCACGGAGCGGCCGUGUUGCAGGGCUGUGACCAUUUCCGGGUGGACGAGACCCUCUGCGAUGUCGUCCUGGUUCCGGGCGACAGCGAGGAAACUUUCCCAGUGCACAGAGUCAUCAUGGCUUCGUCCAGUGACUAUUUCAAGGCCAUGUUCACAGGAGGCAUGAGGGAGCAGGACAUGACAGAGAUCAAGCUGCACGGGGUGACCAAGUUGGGUUUGAAGAACAUCGUAGACUUCAUUUACACAUCCAAAGUCAGCCUCGACAUGGGUAAUCUCCAGGACACGCUGGAGGCGGCGAACUUCUUGCAGGUCAUGCCGGUGCUGAGCUUCUGCAAUAAGCUUCUGAGCCGCGAGAUCACCAUUGACAACUGUUUGGAAAUCGAGCGCAUCGCAACUGACUUGCUUCUGGAGGACGUUCAGCUGAACAUAGGUGAGUUUGUGAGCCAGAACCUCUCUGCGAUGGCGCAGUGCGACCGGUACCUGCACCUCUCGGAGACCAGCAUGGCCAACGCCCUGGCCAGCAACUCGCUGGAAGGUUUCUCCGAGCUGGAGCUCUACCACAUCGCCAAAGGAUGGCUGGACCACGAGCCCUCCACGCGUCGCUCGUCCGUCUACGCCCUGAUGCGCCACAUCCGCUUCCCGCUGAUGAGCCCCGGCGAGCUGAUCCAGAUCUCCCAGGACGAAGAGGAAGGGGGCGACUCCAUGAUGCGCUCCGACACGGCCUGCGUGAACCUCCUGCUGGAGGCCAGCAACUACCAGAUGAUGCCCUUCAUGCAGCCGGCCCUGCAGACCGAGCGCACGCGAAUACGCUCCAACUCCACACACAUCCUGGCGCUGGGCGGCGUGAUGCGGCAGCAGCUGGUGGUGAGCCGGGAGCUGAGGCUGUAUGAUGAAAAGACCGCCCAUUGGAGGGCCUUGAAACCCAUGGAGGCGCCGCGCUACCAGCACGGUGUGGCUCUUCUGGGCGGCUUCCUCUUCAUCGUUGGAGGCCAGAGCACGUACGACACCAAGGGCAAGACGGCCAUAGACAGCGCCUACCGCUAUGACCCGCGCUUCGACAAGUGGCUUCAGAUCGCGUCGCUCAACGAGAAGAGGACCUUCUUCCACCUCAGCGCGCUGAAGGGGAAGCUGCUUGCGGUCGGGGGACGGAACGCCUCGGGAGAGAUCGACACGGUGGAGUGCUACAACCUGAAGAAAAAUGAGUGGACGUUCGUGACCAGCAUGAUGGAGCCUCACUAUGGACACGCUGGAACAGUGCACGGGGAACUCAUGUACAUCUCAGGUGGCAUCACCCGUGACAGCUUCCAGAAGGAGCUCUGGUGUUACGACUCCGCAGCCGACGCGUGGGGCCGACGCGCCGACAUGAAGGAGCUGCGCGGCCUGCACUGCAUGUGCACCGUCGGAGACAGACUCUACGUGAUGGGCGGCAAUCACUUCCGAGGCAGCAGCGACUACGACGACGUGCUGGGCUGCGAAGUCUACAGCCCCGAGGCGGACCAGUGGGCCGAGGUGGCGCCCAUGCCCCGGGGCCAGAGCGACGUGGGAGUGACCGUGUUCGACGGGCACAUCUACGUGGUGGGGGGGUAUUCCUGGAACAGCCGAUGCAUGGUUGACAUUGUGCAGCGCUACGAUCCCGAGCGGGACGCGUGGGACCGGGUGUUCGACGUGCUGGAGCCCCUGGGGGGGAUCCGUGCCUGCACGAUGACGGUCCACCUGCCCGAGGGGUCGGUGGACGAGGCUCUGAUACAGGAGUGCCCGCUGCCCACGGCGAAGAGCUGAGGGCAACGUGCACCACAGGCCCGGGCGGAAA